GACAAGAAGGACAAAGUCUCAAGAUUUGACACUAUACGUCAUUCCAUAGCUGGAAUUAUAAGGUCUCCAAAAUCCAUGUUGGGCUCCUCAUCAUUCUUUGAUGUAAUAUCAACCACUGAGAAACCUUUGGCUGAGCAAGACUGGUAUCAUGGUGCAAUUCCAAGAAUAGAAGCCCAGGAGCUGUUAAAACAGCAAGGAGACUUCUUGGUGCGAGAGAGCCACGGGAAACCUGGUGAAUAUGUCCUUUCUGUGUUUUCAGAUGGACAACGGAGACACUUUAUCAUACAAUAUGCUGAUAAUCAGUAUCGUUUUGAAGGAACUGGGUUUCCAACUAUUCCUCAGCUUAUAGAACAUCAUUACACAACAAAGCAAGUUAUUACAAAGAAAUCAGGUGUUGUUCUGCUGAAUCCUGUUGUUAAGGAUAAGAAAUGGGUUCUCAAUCAUGAAGAUGUCACACUGGGAGAAUUACUGGGUAAA